CUCAUUCACAUAAUGCUUUCUUCGAGAGGUCUCAAAAAUGUCCAGGAGCUGGGACAGCCCUGGCGUUUUAGUCCUACGCCCGAUUAUGACCCAGAGACAAAUCCCAGUGGACUCAUCUCCUUUGGCAUGGCGGAGAAUAGGCCAAUGAGAGAAUACAUUGUCGACUACAUCAAUGAAAAGGUAGUGUUUCGAUUCUAUCAUCUUUACAAUAUAUAUCUCAAGACGAGAUCACGAUCUGAUAUCAAUGGCCAGGUUUCUUUCACUACAGACUCAGUCAGCUAUCGAUCCAGUGCAAAAUCAAGUGGACGACUUCCCGCCGCGGCAACGGCUCAUUUGAAUAAUAUCCUCGCCCCAUAUGUCCCAAUUCAGCCUGAUCAUGUCUUCAUUGCUGAUUCCCCAACUUCACUGGGUAAUAUGCUAGGGUACAAUCUAGCGGAGCGCGGCGAGGGCAUUCUCGUCAGUCGACCGGUAUAUGGCCGCUUCGAGCUUGACUACGGCGUUGAAGCAGGCGUCGAAAUCAUCUACGCCGAUACUACGACCGAGGAGGCAUUCACUCUCUGUUCAGUGAUGAAGUAUGAACAAGCCUUGGCUGCUGCUACGGAGAGAGGUGUAAAGAUUCGAGCUGUGCUUCUUGUUAACCCGCACAACCCUGUUGGCCGCUGUUAUCCAAGAAAAACUCUGGAGGCAAUCGCCCAAUUCUGCAAUAAACAUAAGCUUCACCUCAUCAGCGAUGAAGUCUACGCUUCCUGUGUUUUUGAUACUGUCGACCCAAGCGCCGUCCCAUUUACGUCGAUUCUUUCUUUGGAUUUAGAGAAACUGAUAGAUAUCGAGCUCGUUCAUGUGCUUUACGGCUUUAGCAAGGAUUUUGCCUCUGGCGGUCUCCAUCUUGGAUUCCUAGUGACUCAGAACGAGAGGCUCCGUCAAGGCUGCAAGAUGAUCUUGAGACUUCAUGGAGCCUCGCAAGCGGCUAUCACUAUUGGCACAACCAUUCUAGAGGAUCCAGCUUUCGUGUCAAGCUUUAUAGCUAAGACAAGAAGAAGUUUGGCAACAGGAUAUCAGUUAGUCACAUCUACUCUGGAGAAAGAGGGCAUAAACUAUGCCAAGGGCGGAAAUGCGGGAUUCUUCAUUUACAUUGAUCUAUCGCCCUUUCUCCCCGCAAAUGGUCUGUCAGUUCGAGAGCAGGAGUUUGCUCUAGCGCAGAAGCUUCUUGAUGCAGGUGUUUUCUUCCAUCCUGGCGAGGAACAUUCGAAGGAUGCUGGCUGGUUUCGCUUCGUAUUUUCUCACGAGGAAGCUACUCUCGAGGAAGGACUGCGAAGGUGA